GCGAGCUGGAGACCCCUGUCUCGGAGGCCAGGGCGGGGCGCUCAGGGUGGGCGCGUGGCUGCUGCGGAGUCCCGGGCUGCUGCGGGGGAGGCCCUCCCCUCGAGGCACUUGGUACGCGCCAGCCGAGAGGCCUGGCCCAGCCCGGACGGUACAAUAGGGUUGGGCCGCGGCCGGGACCGGGCCGGCGCCGGUUAGGGAGCAGGAUCACAGGAUUGCAGGAUCGCGGCCCGACCCGCACACUUUGAGUGGCCGGCGACCCGCUGCUUCGAGGGCCGUCAGCCGAAUCGGCCGCCACUUUCCCCGGUGCGGCCUCGUUUCCGAGUGGCUGCCCGGAGGGCCGGGCUGGGCGGGAUGCACCACGGGACCCCAGUCCUGGCCGCCGGCCGCCGCCGCCGCCGCCGCUGAGACCCCCACGACCCCCCAUUGACGCCGCAGCCAUGGACAGUAGCCCGCAUGCGGAGCUGGGUGCCGGCGCCGCCCCAGCUGUGGCAGCCAGGAUACCCCAAGAGCCAAGACCUUCUCCAGAAGGAGACCCCUCCCCACCACCACCACCACCACCAAUGUCGGCCCUGAUCCCAGACACUCCCCCAGACACCCCUCCUGCCAUGAAGAAUGCCUCUAGCCCUAAGCAGCUCCCACUGGGUGCUGAGACACCCCCAGGAUUGGUUGGGCCCAGGCCUUCCAGCCAGGAAGAGUCCUUCUCAGAAGCAAAUGUCAGGGGACCCACCCCACCAGCCACCAGCUCGCGGGAUGCCAGACCUCGAAGGAGCAGCCAAUCAUCCCCAACAGCAGUGCCAGCCUCCGACAGCCCUCCUACCAAGCAAGAUGUAAAGAAGGCAGGGGAGCGCCACAAACUGGCUAAGGAGCGGCGAGAAGAGCGGGCCAAGUACCUGGCGGCCAAAAAGGCUGUGUGGCUGGAGAAGGAGGAGAAGGCCAAGGUGCUGCGGGAGAAGCAGCUCCAAGAGCGCCGACGGCGGCUGGAGGAACAACGGCUUAAAGCUGAGCAGCGCCGAGCGGCCCUGGAAGAGCGUCAGCGGCAGAAGCUGGAAAAGAACAAGGAGCGCUAUGAAGCAGCCAUUCAGAGGUCAGUGAAGAAGACAUGGGCUGAGAUCCGGCAGCAGCGCUGGUCUUGGGCAGGGGCUCUGCACCACAGCUCCCCAGGACACAAAACCAGUGGGAGCAGGUGCUCCGUGUCGGCAGUAAACCUGCCCAAACACGUGGACUCUAUAAUCAACAAGCGGCUCUCAAAGUCCUCUGCCACGCUCUGGAACUCCCCCAGUAGAAAUCGUAGCCUGCAGCUGAGCGCGUGGGAGAGCAGCAUCGUGGACCGUCUGAUGACUCCCACCCUCUCCUUCCUUGCACGGAGUCGCAGUGCAGUCACACUGCCCCACAAUGGCCGCGACCAGGGUAGGGGCAGCGGCUCUGGGAGAGCCCCCUCGAGGGGCCGGGCAGGGGCCCGCCUCACCUGUGGGCCGCACCCCGACCGCACUCAUCCCUCUGCAGCCGUGCCCCUGUGUCCACGCUCAGCCUCUGCCAGCCCCCUGACGCCACCCUGCAGCGUCCCCAGAAGCGUGCACCGCUGCGCCCCCUCUGGGGAGCGCCGCAAGCCCAGCGCCAAGCCCAGCGCAGCCAGGGGCAGCCCUGCUCUCCCUAGACGCAGGCCCGAUGCCACCCCAGUGCAGAAGAAGGAGAAGAAGGACAAGGAGCGGGAAAACGAGAAAGAGAAGAGUGCCCUGGCCCGGGAGCGCAACCUCAAGAAGCGCCAGUCUCUACCUGCCUCUCCCCGCGUGCGCCUCUCUGCAGGCACAGCCUCUGAGCUCAGUCCCAAAUCCAGGACCCAACCAUCCUCUCCUUCCACAUCCUGCCACAGACCUGCCUCUCCCUGCUCCAGACAAGGACUUGGCCAUGUUCUGCCCCCUAAGCCACCAUCCCCCCGAGGCACCACUGCAUCACCCAAAGGGCAAGUUCAAAGGAAGGACGAGGCAAAGGAGAGUCCAAGUACUGCUGGGCCUGAGGACAAGAACCAGAACAAGAGCAAGACCAGUGACAGGAAGGAGCCAGCGGCCCCAGCCUCACCACCACCCUCGCCUGUACCCUCACCCCCCCCAGCCAUGCACCAGAAGGAGCAGCCCCCAGUGGAGAUACCUGCAGAUACUGCUGCCCUUACCUCACCUCCGGCGCCCGCACCUCCGGCAACCCCAAGCAAGCCGAUGGCUGGCACCACAGACAGAGAAGAGGCAACUCGCCUCCUAGCUGAGAAGAGGCGCCAGGCCCGGGAGCAGCGGGAGCGGGAGGAACAGGAGCGGAAGAUGCAGGCUGAAAGGGACAAACGAAUGCGAGAGGAACAACUGGCCCGAGAGACCGAGGCCCGGGCGGAGCGGGAGGCCGAAGCUCGGAGGCGGGAGGAGCAAGAGGCCCGAGAGAAGGCGCAGGCGGAGCAGGAGGAGCAGGAGCGGCUGCAGAAGCAGAAAGAGGAGGUUGAAGCUCGGUCUCGGGAAGAAGCGGAGCGGCAGCGUCUGGAGCGAGAAAAGCACUUCCAGCGAGAGGAGCAGGAGCGGCAAGAGCGCAGAAAGCGUCUGGAGGAGAUAAUGAAGAGGACUCGGAAGUCAGAAGCUGCUGAAACCAAGAAACAGGACAGAACAGAGAUAAAAGACAACAAUUCCAAUCAAGACCCCGAAAAGGCUGGGGAGAUCCAGCCUUUGGAACUGCAGAAGGAAGUUGCACAGAAGGAGGAGCUGGCUGCCCAGGAGCCUCAGUGGAGCCUGCCAAGCAAGGAGUCACCAGGGUCACUAGUGAAUGGCCUGCAGCCUCUCCCAGCACACCAGGAAAACGGCUUCUCCCCUAAGGGGCCUGCUGGGGACAAGAGUCUGGGCCGAACACCAGAGACACUCCUGCCCUUUGCAGAGGCAGAAGCCUUCCUCAAGAAAGCCGUGGUGCAGCCUCCACAGGUCACAGAAGUCCUUUAAAGUGUUGCCUUGGAUCCAGGCAGAGCUAUGAGGGCUCCUCUGCAGCAUCUACCAUGAUGUCUGGAAGAAAAAGAGACAGAACAAAGCCGGAAGUGGCCUGGACCCCUGGGGUGGGUCCUCUCUGUUGUUUUUAACCUGCACCUUAUAGACUGAUGUCUCUUUGGCCAGAGCCAGAUCCUACCCCUCAGUGCAUUCGUGUGCUCACAUUUGAGGACGCCCCCCUUCCCCACUCCCACACACACAUACACUCACAGCCUCUCUGGCCUCCUCCCUCAGGGAGAGCCAUCUGUAGUAUUUGCCUUGGUUUGGUGGGAUACAGUGGAUGUGAAUACUGUAAAUAGCUUACGCUCAGACUCCUCUGCAUGGAGUGGGUGGGUGCCAGAGGCAGAUGCUCCCAAGACUCCUCAGGGUCAUCUUCCUCUCUAUUUAACUGUAACCAAGGGGGGCUGGGGCUGGGGGGCACCUUGGGCCACAGGAUACCAGUUGCUUUAAGGGUAACUGUGCCUCUUGCCCUCACCUGGAAUCAGUGUUAUUGCAUCUGAUCAAAUUUGUCCAGAAAUAAAGUGAAAAUAAUUCUGCCA